GAAUCUAUGAUUUCUACUCAAUGUGAAAGUUUCGUUUGAUAAUAAUUUUCACUGAAUAUCCGGCGAAUUGUGCGCACCAAUUUCAGCGAGCAUCUAUUGUUUACUUAUGAACGAAAUGUCAGUGCUGGCGCCUAAUCAAACACACGCACCAUACAUGCAGAUUGUUGUUGUUCCACCGAUUUGCCAUCCGAUCACUGUAAAUAUUUACAACAUUCACAAGUCAGUGUGCGCGUAUGUAUGAGUGUAGUCAGUAGCAAGUGUUCUCGUCGAUUCAGUUCCCGCUUGACCUUUCUUGUGAUUAGUGAAUCUAUUGUUCGGCUUGUAUGGCUCGGAAAAUAUUGCUUGCAUUUCUUGUGAAAAUCGUCGUUGUCAUAUCAACUCAUUCCAUAAUUUUAGUUCAAUGUUUUAACAAUUCGUAUUUUGUGAUUCUUUUUAUCUAUGAUUCUUCUUAUUUGUUCAAUAUUGAUGUGUUUGUAUCGAAUGUUUGAAUACACCGAUUCUUUUAACAAUUUUAAUUACUAUGUUUUAAUAUGCAAUUGACUAUUUGUACGUUCUACCAAACCCAGUGAAACAUUGUUCGAAUUCCGUUAAAUCAUUCAAUUUAUUCAGUGAUCUCAAUCGGUUAAAAUAACCAAAAAUUAAAGAACAAAACCAGUGAACUAUGGAUAAAUCAUCGAAAUUGUCCAGUGGUGAAUGUGAUCCAAUUGAAAAUGCCAUCAUUGUGCCAAAUAUUGAUUUUGACGAUUGCAGCACACAAGAUGCGUGCGAUUUUGAACAACAUUCAGACAUUAGCGAUGUAAUAAGUGAUGAUAGCAAUGAAGAUACAACUGACACAACUGAUUCUGGAGUAACGUUACCGAGGCUCAAUAUCAGCACUUAUUUUAAGGAUUUAAAUCCGCCAUCGAUUCUUUCGCCGGUUAGUGAGCUCGCGAUGAACAUAGCCAAAACCAAAUUGAUUCCCGAUAACGGCUCCAAUGUAACCGCGAACGAUCAGGACGAUGUCAAUCAAGAAGAAUCGAAAAAUAGCUGUGAGAGGGAGGAGGAGAGCAAAGAUGACAAUUCAAAAUAUCCACGAACACCAUCAUCGUUUGCAUUCGCCUCGUCACUAAAAAGGGCUGAAAACACCAAUAGAAAGGACGAUGCGGCCGAUACUCGUCUCAAUGCCUUGAGCAUCAAUUCAAAUGUUAUAUCGUCUACGACGCAUGGACGCCGACUGAACAUAGCUCCAUUGAACUUUGACGAUUCAUCAAAUUCACCCGUGAAAAUGUCAUCCGAAGAAAUGUCACUGUACUCGGGCAACACACCACAAGGCAGCCCAAGACCAUGCUCGAUAAGUCCCUGCCUCGAAAUGGGUUUGUUGUCACCGCUACGUGAGAGUGAAACCAUCGAAGAUCGCCACGACAUCGAUUUCAACUCAAUGGAUUCGGGCUACAGUAAUAAUAGCAGCAAAAUGUUCACAUUUGCCCAACCAAAUGCACUGCCACCAAAACCAUCCCCACCAAAAACUGCGCGCACAUCGCCAAAAUCAAUUAGCUGCUUCCGAUCGUUCAACAGCCUGUCGUCCGACUCAAUGGAAUCGAUGGACGAUGACUGCAUGGAUUUACUCGACAUGGAAUCGAUGGAUGAUAAUGCACAAUUGCCAACAUCGUUCAAUUCAAUCAUCAGCGGCAACAUCAAAUCAACCACCUCCAUUCCACAAACAACAACACCCGUUUUCCGUCGAUGCCUCAGCAUGACCGAUGGCAAUGUUAAUCUUGGCCCACGAACGCCUGAAUCACUGAAAACUAUCCCAGAAAGUGACCCACCAUUCAACGGUAUCAUCAAGACAUUCAAACGGCCCGAACCACCAACCAUCGGCAGCCCAGUGCAAAGCAAACGGUACAAGCAAAGUAGCGAAGACAAAGAAAAUUCAAAUGAUUUGCCCAUCGCACGACCCAUUCUUCGUAAAUCAAUGUCAAUGAACGACGAUAUCAUCAUGAACGCCCUUUCACGAUCAUCAUCCGAACCACAUUUGAUCGGUGACUUCAGCCGGCCAUUCUGUUUGCCAUUGACCGAAGGACGUCACAGCGAUUUGAGAUCAAUCUCAACGCACACCAUGGCCAAACUGUUGCGCGGCGAAUACAAAGACUCAGUUGCAUCGUUCAAGGUUGUGGAUUGUCGGUAUCCAUACGAAUUCGAGGGCGGUCACAUUCGUGGUGCACAAAACUUAUUCACGCAAGAACAAAUACUGACCGAACUAGUAAACUCAAAGACUGAUACACCCAAACUUGUUUCCGAUGAGCCAAUGCGCAACAUCAUCGUAUUCCACUGUGAAUUCUCAUCGGAACGAGGACCAAAAUUAUCUCGUUUCCUUCGCAAUAACGAUCGGUCACGCAAUGAGCAUGCUUAUCCAGCAUUGCACUAUCCAGAAAUCUAUUUGUUGCACGGUGGCUACAAAGAUUUCUUUGAAUCCUAUCCAGAACUUUGCGAUCCAAUCAACUAUCGUCAAAUGUUGGACCCAAUGUUCACAACCGCAUACCGUCAUUUCCGUGCCAAGUCAAAGAGCUGGAAUGGUGACCAAAAGAGUGCUAGCCGAUCAACAAAUCGUCUGGUGAAAACAAAAUCACGAAAUCUUAUUUAUUAACCAAAAAAAUACAGUAACAAAAAUCUCAAAAUGAUAGUGUUACCCCCCCCCCCCCCCUCCGUAAAAACACCAAUCAAAUGCGACAGACAGCUCUCAUGCAAAACCAGUUUUUAACGAAAUAAGAUCCGACUAAGGCAGUUUUCCAAUUCAAUGGCUUUUCAAAGAAUGUUUUUUUUUUAUUUUUAUAUGUUAGAUGAUUAACAAAAUGUUUUUUAUUUAAUUUAAUCUGUGAUUUAGCCCAUAGAUUCUUGAUCGUAUAAAUUUUUUGUUUUUUACUUAAAAAGAGAUGCAUCGAAAAACACUUUGUUUUUCUCUCUCGAAACGAUUUAGUUAUCGGGAAAGAGGGGGAGAGAGAGAGAGAAAGAAGGAAAAAAGUGAAAAGCAACACCCAUUAAUUUAUAAGCGCAACAAAAAUCUUAUGCUAAAAGAAAUGCCAUGAAUGGAUAAACACAGUAUGCCAGAGCACAAAGAACAAAGAAAACGCUGUAAAUAAUCGAAUGUAAAAUGCUAAGAAUUAUCGGAAUGAAAUCCAUUUGUAGUAUUAAUUUAAACAAAAAAAUUUAUAGCAAUUUCUGAAGGAAAAAAACUCAAUUUUUUAAAUUAUAAAUUUUCAUAAAAUUAGUGCAAAAAAAACGAGAUGAAAAAAAAAGCAUAGGUAUGGAAACAAAAAAGUAACUAAACAUAGGAGAAAGAGAAAAGACACUGAAACCUAAAUUAAAUUAUGCAGAAAA